AUUGAAUAUUUGGUCAAAACUACAUUCUCAAGUAUAUAUUAUAUGUAAUAGUAUGUGCCUUACAUCCAGUUGUGAUCAUAUAUAUGAGCUUUAUUAGCAGCUGUAGUUUUUUAUUGUAUUUGCUUUUGGCCAAUUUGCUUAAAUCAAUAUGGACGAAUUGAAGGCAGACUUGCAUGAGAUAUCAGAAACAUCCAAAGAUAACGAGCUGAGCAUCAAGCAGAAGACAGAUGUCAUUGAAAAUAUUUGCCAGCGACUCAAAGUGGUCGCGGUCGAUGUGGAUAAGGUGCUCAGAGCUAAGGAGCUGUUAUCUUCCUUGCAGCGGCGCAAGGCAUUCAUAGAUCUGAUCGGCCAGGAUGAUGAUGGCAGUCUUCAUAAGAAUCCCGAGGACAUGAAGCGGCUGACAUCAGUUCACAGCCUGAAAAUAAUGUCUUAUGUGCCGGGCGUCGAUAGCUACAGUGACGAUUUGCAAAUGUUCGAGAGCAUGAGCGAGGAUGUAUGCCAAAUGCCCUUUGAUGAAGAGCGUUGGGGAAAUUUUUUUGCUGGCUACCAGAUACUCAGCGUACCGGAGACCCUCAAUACCAAUGAGAACUGCAAGUGCAUUGAGCUGGGUUGCGGGAAAUGCGAUGAGCAUCUGUAUACUUAUUUGCACUCCGGCGUACGCUGCUUUAUAGUCGAUCUUUUUCGUGGACCGCUCCGCGAAAAUCAGGAUAUAAUUGUGCAGCUGCGUGAAGCUGAGAUAGCUGUGUCGAAGGAGUUUGGUUUUCCCGUUGCCUCCACCAUCAUAGCCAAGUUGUCGCCGCGUCAACAAUACACCGGCUAUUUGGAUAUGGAUGACUGCGACACCUACGAACUGAAAAGGGGAUACAAAACUAUUCUGACUGCCGAUCGCAAUUAUUCCCUGCACUGUAGAGGGGAUCUGAUUUAUGUGAAUGCCCGUUUUCUGCUCGCCGAUGUUCGUCAGUUUGAUAUCAUCCUCAUCGGGGAGGAUAUACAGUUGAUGGUGCGCUCCGUACGCCAGGAUCAUCUCAAAUGUUGCGUCUGCCGUGGGGGCACGCUGAGUUCCUUUAUGCCGGUGCUCUUCCCGGCACGCUGCAGCAAGUAUCGCUUAUCGUACGAGGAAGUGGAGGAUUUAACAUUUGCCCGCGAGGUGGGUAUCAAUGUGGUGGUAUCCUAUAUUGCUGGCACUGUCCAGUAUCUAAAUAAUCUGGAGAAGGUCAUGGCAUCGCUGCAGUGCGAACAUCUCAGACUCUACGCCCGUGUCGUGCUGAACGAGAUCGAGGGCUGCGAUGGUGAACUGAACUGGGUCGCUGAGCGCUACGAUGGCCUGCUGGUGGAGCUGGCGGAUCCAGCCAUAGUGCCAGAUAUUAUGCGUAUGUGUCCCAAUGCAGAAUGUCUUCUGCAGGUGGCACGUAACGCCAAAAAGCCCAUCUUACUUGAUGCCUGGCCCAUAAAUGAGCAGCGCCUGCGCGUUGAUCCCGCCCACUACUACUAUAUAUUCUUUUAUCCGGAUAAAUUUGUGGUCAAGUGCCAUCAGUCCCGGCAGGUCUUUUACUUCAGCUUCUGGCAGAACGCCAUUUUUGAUCAGAUUCUGCCUUUGGCCCUGGCCAAAAUGCCCCACUGCGACAGUUCGCAUACGGGUGCCGAUGGCCUGGCACGGGCCGUUGUUACCGCCUCCAUGGAGGUGAAUGCCAAAGCCAUUGUUGUGUGCGGCGUUACCACGCGUAUGGUGCAGAAGAUUUCUCACUUUCGCCCGAAAGCGCCAAUUCUAUUUGUCAGUCACAUGCGCUCCGCCGAGGACUAUGUAUCCCUGUAUCAUAAUGUUACCAUGCUCCCAUUUCGCACCACCUACUUUGUCAACCAUCGACGCAAUGCCUUUCGCAAAUCAAUCCUUGCCCUUGCCUAUUUGUCCUCACGCAAGAUUGUCGAUCAUGGCGAUCAAAUCAUACUGGUUUAUAACUAUACGUCGGGGACAACAUUCCCCGAAAAGUAUCUUAUCUACAAAUUUGAUAAAAUUAACUUUGUGCAACACCUGUCCGAGUCCCUGUUCCCACAGGAUACGGAGUGUGUAUAUUGCAAUGAUAUGGAGGGCAUUUAUAUAUAUACUCAUUACAGCGACACCGGUGCCACAGAGAUCGUCGGCCGCAAAAUUGCCCUCAAAGUAGUCACCACGAUUUGUGAUGCAGCUGCCGGAUCCACAGCGUUUGUUGUCCGCAAACAUGCCCAUAUAUUUGUCACCGCUGACAAGAUCCUCCAAAACGCCGUAGCCAUUGCGCGUGUUCGCCACGUACUCGCCAACAUAGAUGUAGCGAUUAUUGCGCAUCAUGCCGUGGCCGUGAAAGAGUCCCUCGUAAAAGUUGCCCUCAUAAAUCUCGCCGUCGUGGGCAUCGCUGCCAUUAAGCUCGUAAACGCCGUAGCCAUGAAAUCGGCCGCCCUUGAAGUUACCUACCUGCUCACGAUUGUUAAUGCCCCAGUGAUAGAGGCGUCCGUCCAGUGUCCGUGCCACACUGUGCUGCCUGCCGGCGGCAAUACUGCAUACACCCAUGCCAUCGAGCUUUUCCAGCCGUGCGACAUGCGCGCGUCGUAUAUGAUCCCCAGUGCCCAGGAGGCCACCAUUGGAGGCACCAAACGUAAAAAGUUGAGUGUGGAGCAGCGCAUAACCCUGAUGGAGGUCAGUUCCAAAGUAUGCACACUAUGCGCCACUAUCAGCCUGGCAGAGUACAGCGAUUGGUCCGCCGUCAGCAGCAGAAGCCAAUUGGAAUCAAGUUGGACUGAAUCCCCGGCCACUGCCUCGUUUCCAACGCUGCAGCUGCUGCCCAUGGAGCAGAGUCGCAAUGCGGGCGACCGUGUCUCGAGCAAGGCCAUGGACUCUGACAGUUCAGGGGGCGUAGCGCAGGCAGAUGAUUCUGGCCUUUUCAGCUGCAGUAGUGAUGUAGAAGAUGCAACAAAUCAUUCCACGACAUGGCAACAGUAUAAGGUGCAGGAGCAGAAUGAGCAUCCGCCACGCGAAGCACAGGAAUCGUUGUUUCUGGUCUCACAGGAGCUUCGCAAGUCGCGCAGCGAAGUGGAACGCCUAAGCAAGUCGGAGCAGUGGUAUAAACAAGAACUGCAGUCACAAAAACACAACCGCCUCGAAACUCUAGAGCGUCUCUAUGCCCAGGAGCGAAAAUACAUGCUAGAAAAUCAGAAACUACAACAGGAGUCGCAGCGCCUACAAGCAAAAUGCGCCGCGCUCGAAAGCUGUAGUCUGUCGGUAGAAGCUACUACGGCGGGCCCAGCCACGUCAACAACUGCGCAGCAAAGCGGCACGGCGGAUACUUUUGAUUCGUUUGAGGCGCAACAACAGCAGGCGAGGCUUAUGGAUCAACGUCAGCUGACCGAAGUGCUGCGCAAGCAAAAGAAACAACUACUAGCCGACAUAGAGCGUCUGAGUCUAGAAAAUGAUAGCAAACAGCUGCAAUUGCAACGGCUGAUGGCCGGCGUUGAGUUGGAGAACAAACACAUGACGCGACAGUGCAAACAGCUGAUCGAUGAACAUCGACAAUUGGCACAUAAACUUGAAGUGAAGGCGACCACGCUACGCAGUGUCACUGCGGAGCGGGAGCAAUUGCGCCAGGUCAUUGCAGAGCUCAACGAAACGUUGCAAACACAAGAGCAGCUGCUUGCUCUGAAGGAGCGUGAGUUCUUGGACUUGAAGCAGUACUAUCAAAGUAAGCUGAGCAGCGAGUGCAGCAUCGAUGCCAUGCACAAUUACAGCAUGGCAUUUCAUGGCGAAAUUAUUGCCAAGACCAGCGAAAUAGCCAGCCUAAAGCACGCACUUCUCGAGCUGCAAACGGAAUUGUUGCUCAUGUCGAAGCUGCAGGCACAGAACGAGGAACAGCAGCGGCAACUGGAGCAAUUGAAUUUCCAGCUGGAGACGCAACAGUUGGAGCAGGCGCUAAAGGACGCCCAACUUAAAGAUCUGACAACGGAGAAAGCAGUAAUCACCAGCCAGUUGCAGGAUUCGCAGCAAACACUGCAACAUUUAGAACAACAGCUUAAGCAACUUCAAAAGCAAUACGCGGAGACGUGCGCUAAAUGUGACCAUACCAAACGGCAACUGAAAGUGCAGCAGGCCCAAAACGAUGAGCAGGAGCAGCAGCUAAAAAAACUGCGAGAGCAGCUUCAGAUUUAUGAGCUGGAAUUCAGUCAGCUAAUUGACGCAAAGGCCAAGUUAGAGCAGCAACAGCAACAGGUCCAGACCAAACAGCCUGUAAGUGAGGGCACCCAAACGAUGGUUGUUCAACCCGUGUUGGAGCAGCGCAUUGAGACACUGGAGCAGCAGCUAAUAGCAGUCACGAAGCAAAAGCAACAAACAGUUGCAUUGUUGCAGCAACUGCUGCAACAACAAAAUGAAAAAAUUAGAAAUACCCAUGAAAUGGAGGCCGAUUGGAGGCAGCUGCUCGAAGCGCUGCAGGCCACACAACAAAUGGAGCAACAAAUGGAACUGCAGCUACAGCAGAAAGCCGAUGAGCUGCAGCAGCUCAAUGAGCUCUUCGCGCAACAAAACGAGCAGCUGCAGCAUUUGCAGAUGCUGAGUCGAGCACAUGAAACCCAGAACAGCAACGAACUGCAUAAACUUAAACAGGCACAAGCCGUCGAUGCGGCUAAUCUAAGCCAACUGCAGGCACAAGUGCAGGCGCUCCUAAAAGAGCGCGAAUGCGCCUCUAGAAAACAACACAGCAGCCUGCUGCAAGUGCUAGAAACGGAAACGGGUCGCAAACUGCACCAUGUCAAGAACUGGCCGCAGUUGACGAAAAUGCUGCGACAAGAAUUACGCGCAGCAAAAGCUGCUACGGAUUUGCCUAUCCUUAAAAUGAGGCUAGCCAAAAUCGGUGGCAAAUACGAACAAGCGCUGUCCAGAAUCAAAGUUUUAGAGCAAACGCUGGCCGCCGAAAGAGCUCGCUUCGAGGAUUCAGAUGUAGGAAAAUCGACGGCGAAUUCCGCGCCGUUGGAGCCGGCGCAUGAAGUUGCCAACCUGAUUGAUGACUACAAAAAGCUCAUUCAGCAAACUGCACAGGAGACAGGUCGUCCGCGCAACAGCUGUAUACUGGAGCUAAUUGAUCGCAGUCAACGUAGCCAGCCAAAUUUGUGCCAAUUAAGCGAGGGCGUAGCCGCUUGCCGUAAGGAUGUGCUGGAUCUCAAUAAGCUGCUGGCCGGUCUGGAGUUAACCUCGGCACGGCAAGAGCCCGUGCCAUCAUUGAUGGAGGAACUGCGCGCCGUGGCCGAAAAAGCUUGAGCCGCAAAAUGUCAGUCACAUCCCUUAACGUAGUCAUUUAGCAUAAUUAGCAGAUUUUUGUUUAGCUUAAUUUUUUUUUGUCGUAUUAUUAAGUGUACUUAAAUUGAUUUCUUUGUUUUUUGUGUUAUCGUCUUUCCAAAAGCAACUAUUUAUGUUUGUUAAUCUUAUUGUUUCAAAUGUGCAACUCUUUAAAUAUUUCAUGUAAAGCAACAUGAAUAACCCACCUAAUUGCUAAACACAUUAACUAGUCUCAAUGUUUUGGUUUAAUUCAAAGGAAGUUUCCUUAAAACCUUUCCAAUUCAAUUAAAUACAUUCUGAAGCCAUAUAUUAUUAAUAAUCUUAACUAUUGAAAUAAAUCGAAUAUGCCAGAUUUUAUGUAGAUAAUUUCAAAUUUCUAAAUUGUAUAACUUAUUCUAAGUCAAAUGGAAAUUUUGUUCGAAUGUUACCCACAGAAUAUUUAAAAAACCUUUAAAGAGAACUUGACGAAUUGCCAAUUUUCAAUAAAUCAACCACUUAAUUCUUAGCGUA